AUGGCGGCGGAAACCUCAAAAGAAACUAAUGGGGAUAGCGGGAAGACAAAUGGGACGCUGAACGGGACGGGACCGGCACCGCCCUCGUCAUCGGGCCAAGGAAAAGUAGACGACAGGCCAGCGAAUGGCGUCCAAGUGCCGGUAGUCCAAAAUGCAGCAGAGGCGGCCAAGUCGCUUCUCGAGGAGCCCGAGUACGAUAGCUACCCCUUACCAAGCAUCUCGCUAGAGAAGCGUUAUACCGAUGAGCCGAGAGAGUUGAGGGUCGUCGUCGUUGGCGCCGGCCUCUCCGGUGUCCUCGCCGGCAUACUGCUCCCGCCUAAGGUUCCGGGUAUUAAACUGACCAUAUUUGAGAAGAACGCCGGUGUUGGCGGGACCUGGUUCGAGAACAUCUAUCCGGGGGUCCGGUGCGACGUCCCGGCACACGUCUACCAGUCCAGCUUUGCGCCGAACGUCAACUGGUCGGAGCAGUUCGCGCAGGGUCACGAGAUAAGGGCCUACUGGGAAGGGCUGGCCAAGAAGUACGACGUGUACCAGUACCUGAAGCUCUCGCACAAGGUCGAGGAGCUCAGGUGGGACGACGAGAGGUCCGUGUGGGACGUGAAGGUGCGCAACCUCAGCACCGGGGAGACGUUCGUCCACGAGGCCGACUACGUGCUCACCGCCAUCGGGCGCUUCAACGCCUGGAAGCUGCCCGACUACCCGGGGCUGCGGGACUUCAAGGGGCUCCUCCGGCACGCCUCCAACUGGGACCCCAACUUCGACCCCACCGGGAAGCGCGUCGCCGUGAUCGGCAACGGGGCGAGCGGCAUCCAGCUGGUCGCCAACCUGCAGGCGCGCGUCCAGCGGCUCGACCACUACGCCCGGAACAAGACCUGGGUGGCGGCCUCGUUCGCGGGCGACGAGACCGCCAUCACGCCCAUCCCGAUAUCGGCCGAGCUCCAGGAGUCCUUCAAGGAUCCCAACGAGUACGUCAAGUACCGGAAGGUCGCCGAGUCCAAGUACUGGAGGGGGUUCUCGAGCUGGCUCAAGGGCUCGGAGCUGAACGAGAAGUCCCGCCAGGAGUUCAUCAAGAUCGUCGAGAAGCGCCUGGCCAAGAAGCCGGAGCUCGCCGCGUCCGUCAUCCCCGACUUCUCGCCGCACUGCCGGCGGCUCACGCCGGGGCCCGGCUACUUCGAGGCCCUCACCGAGGACAACGUCGACUACGUGCAGACGCCGAUCCGGCGGUUCACCGAGACGGGGAUCGAGACGGCCGACGGCCGGCACCGCGAGGUCGACGCGGUCUUCUGCGCGACGGGGGCUAACGUCGACAUGGUGCCGCCCUUCAGCAUCUGGGCGGGCGGCAAGGACCUCACGCAGCUGUGGCGGCAGGGCGGCGAGUACGGGUUCCCGUACACGUACCUGGGGGUGGCGACGCCGGGGUUCCCGAACCUGGGGUUCAUCCACGGGCCGCACGGGUCGGGGCGGUCGGGGACGGUGCCGCACAGCGUGGAGGUGCAGGUGGCCUUCUUCGCGAAGCUGCUACGCAAGCUGGGGCGCGAGGGGAUCCGGUCGCUGCAGCCGUCGCGGCGGGCGGCCGACGACUUCGUCCAGUACGCCGACGCCUUCUUCCGCACCACUGUCCUGUCCGAGAACUGCAGCUCCUGGUACAACAGCGGCCGCCCCGGCAGCCGCAUCCACGGCCUCUGGCCCGGCAGCUCCACCCAGCUCACCAUCAUCUACCGCGACCCCCGCUGGGAGGACUGGGAGUACGAGUACCUCCCCGGCACCGGCAACCGCUUCGCCUGGUACUUCGGCCUCGGCGGCACCAGGAAGGAGCAGGACCCGAACGUCGACAUCACGCCGUACAUCCGCGACCCGGCGACCAUCGACCUGCGCGACAUCCACGAGAGCUGGUGGGAUCUGCCGUGA